CGUGAAUACCAACAGCACCAAAAUAACAAUCUUCGCUUCGUUCCAUUGUUAUUUCCUGGUGGGGAUAUGAAGCAUGUCCCUUGCUGGAUGGCAACGCCACCUAUAACAGAUAAUAGCAGUCGUGCUAAAAAGUCACUCGUCCAUAGAUGGCCUCAUGGAUAUCGGGAUUUAUUCUUUCAUGUGGAACAGAGGAUUGAAAUACUGGCAUCUUGACAAAGGAAGGAAAAUAAUAAAAUGAUGUCCCAACUUGAUAUUUCCUGUGGAAGAGAAAGACACGCCAUCUAUUUCGAUGACUAUCAGAAUGAUCUAAAUAAUUUCUCUUAUGUACCUCAUAAUAUACCCGGUCCAGGAACAGAUGUGGAGCCAUUUGAGGAACAGUACAAAGGAUGUCAGUGUGCUGAAAUAUGUGGUCAACAAUGCCCCUGUAUUACAAGAUUUGGCCCCACAUAUCAGGGGUCUAAAAUUCUGAUUCAUGGGCUCCUACAAUCACAAACAAUGAAACCCAUAUAUGAAUGUAACAAAGAAUGUAAAUGUAACACUAACUGUUCAAACAGAGUAGUACAAAAUGGACUCCAAUAUAAAGUAUCAGCAUUUACUACCAAAUGGAAGGGAUAUGGACUGAAAACUUUGGAGACAAUUCCCAAAAAUGCAUUUGUGUGCGAAUAUGCUGGUGAAUUCCUUACCCACAAUGAAGCAAGAAGGAGAACUCAUGCACUGAAGCACAAAACUGAUUCAAACUAUAUCAUAACUCUAAAAGAGCACCUCGGGGAAAACAUCCUUAAAACUUAUAUUGAUCCUACAAAUGUUGGCAAUGUGGGCAGAUUCAUGAAUCACUCAUGCAUGCCAAACUUAGCCAUGUUGCCAGUACGUGUGGACAAUUCGGUACCUCAUCUUGCACUCUUUGCCAUUAGAGAUAUUGAAGAAGGUGAGGAAUUGUGUUAUAAUUACUCUGGUGAACUGUACAUUGUAAAUGAAGGUGAUAUAGAUGAGGAUGGUGAGACUGAAACUGUAAACAUGGAACAAAACACUGCUAAAACAAAUGAGGAUUCUGCGAGCAGAGAUGCAACAAAUAUGGUUAUAACUAGUACAAACAUGGAUAAUCCAAAUUCAGAUGGGAAUGACACUAUUGAUGAUGAUAAGCACCUUGGUGCAUCACAGAAGGAUGAUUCUAAAGGGGUUCAAUCAAAAGAAGUAUGUUUUGAUGAUCAAGUGAAAUCUAUUGAUGUAAAUAGAACAGACACAAUAUCUGUUGAUAGAAAAGUAUGCCACUGUGGAACAUCUGCAUGUACAGGGUUCUUGCCAUAUGAUGCCUCUCUCUUUGAUGACGAUUAAUUAAAAAAAAUAUUAGAUAUACAUGCAAUAAGAAUGUUCUUGUAAUACACUAGCCUUGCCCAAGUCGGUAUUUUUUACUUAUCUGAUCUUGAUAGAAAUCAAUAUAGCAAGUGCAAAUAUAAAAAUAGAUAGUCAAAAUCCAGAAAGGAAUGACACUAUUGAUGAUGAUAGCACCUUGGUGCAUCACAAAAAAAUGAUGCAAAGGGGUUCAAUUUAGUAAUACACCUGAUAACAACUAAUAUACUGGAUAACAAAAAACUAGGUAUUAUUUUUGUACUAAUACAUAAUGGUACUUUAUUACAUGUAUAGUUCAUAUGCAUAUGUGUCCAUAGAAAAUAGUCCAUCUUGACACUGAUGUUAAUGUAUAAAUAAUCUUAUGGUAUAUGGGUGUAGAUAAGUCAAGAA